AUGGGGUUUCCAUGGAAACUGCUGAUUCUCAAGUCACUCCUGGGGUGCCUUGUAGGGGGCAACGUUCCACUCAGGCCAGUGUUCAUUAAGCAGCCAGGCAGCAUUGUGUUCCCACUGGAUCAGUCUGAGUCCAGUCGAGAGGUGGUGUUCAGCUGUGAGGCCCAGGGACAUCCACCCCCCUCUUACAGGUGGAAGUUGAACGACUCCUUCAUCUCUGUCCGGCCUGGAUCACGAUACAGUUUGUCUGGAGGUAACCUGCGAAUCAGUCAGCUCAAUAAAGAGGAGGAUGCUGGCGUUUACCAGUGUCUUGCUUCCAAUUCUUUUGGGACUAUUCUCAGCAGAGAGGCUAGUCUACAUAUUGCAUAUUUGGAUAACUUUAAGACACGGAGACGCAGUCCAGUGAGGGUUCGUGAGGGCCAAGGUGUAGUGCUACUCUGUGGACCCCCACCUCACAUGGGAGAGUUGACCUUUUCCUGGAUCUUCAACGAGUAUCCAUCAUUUGUGAAACAGGAUAUGCGUCGGUUUGUGUCUCAGAUAACAGGCAACCUAUACAUCGCUAAAGUGGAACCAUCAGAUGUGGGUAACUACACUUGUGUUGUAACCAACCUGGUGACCAAAAGCACAGUCCAGGGUCCGCCCACUGCUCUGGUGCUACGCAGUGAUGGUGUUAUGGGAGAAUAUGAGCCAAAAAUUGAAGUGCAGUUUCCAGAGACUCUGUCUGUAGCAAAGGGGUCAACUGUUAAACUGGAAUGUUUCGCUCUAGGAAACCCAGUUCCCUCUAUUAGCUGGAGAAGACUGGAUGGUAUUUCGUUUGCCAGGAAAGUGGACCUAAACAAGGCCGGUGUUGGAGUGAUGGAAAUCCCAUAUUUCCAGCAGGAGGAUGCAGGUGUUUAUGAGUGUGUGGCAGAUAACCCCAAGGGAAAGAAUGCAGUCAGAGGAAAGCUUUCAUUUUACGCCCCCCCACAGCUACUGGAGGGACCCCAGGACAUACAAAGGGCUAUUGAUGACUCACUUCUUUGGGAAUGCAAGGCCACUGCCAAACCCAAACCUUCCUAUAGAUGGCUGAAAAAUGGGGAUCCCCUGGAGUCUUUUGAGGAUAGGAUCCAGUUUAUCAAUGGGGCUCUGUCCAUCAGUGCUUUGGCUCUCUCUGACACAGGGAUGUACCAGUGUGUGGCUGAGAAUCGUCAUGGCAGGAUUUUUACCAAUGCAAUGCUCACAAUAAUAGCUGUGGCCCCAGAUUUCUCAGAGAACGUGCUGAAGUCUCAGACUUUGGCUCGGCAGGGCGGGGACGUGUUAAUUGAAUGCAGGCCCCGCAUGUCCCCCCGUGGGAUGAUAUCAUGGAGGAAAGGAAAGGAGGCUCUGAGAGAGAGUCAAAGAGUUUCUGUGCUGGACAAUGGGAGUCUUCGAAUUUCAAACAUUACCAAACUGGAUGCUGGUCUCUACACCUGUGUGGCCAGGAACCAAUUUGGGGUGGCAAGCAGUGCUGGGACACUUGUGGUCAAAGAGCCGACCAUCAUUACCACUAAAGCCGCCCAGCUGGAUGUCACAGUAGGAGAGAGUAUUGUGCUUCCAUGUCAGGUAUCACGAGAUCCCUCUCUAGAAGUGAAGUUCACCUGGUUUUUCAAUGAACAGAUGAUCAGUUUCGAAACCCCUGGUGGAUACUUUGAAAAAGUUGGCGGACGAUCUUCUGGUGACAUCAUGAUUCGCAACAUCCAGCUAAGGCAUGCUGGGAAGUAUACCUGUGCUGUGCAGACAAAGGUUGACAGUGCCUCAGUUGCUAUUGAUGUAGUUGUCAGAGGACCCCCUGGUCCUCCAUUGGACAUUGAGGUGAGUGACAUCACUGAGACGACAUGUGUGGUGUCGUGGCACCCAGGACCACAUAAUCACAGCCCUAUUCUCACCUACAGUGUCCAGGGCAGGAGCCCCUUCUCACUGGGCUGGCAGGCUGUCAAAACACUUCCUGAGAUUCUGAGUGGGCAGCAACUGACUGCCCGGGUCGUUGACCUCAGUGCCUGGGUGGAGUAUGAAUUCAGAGUUCUGGCCACAAACUCCAUAGGAACAGGUGAACCCAGCAAACCCUCUGGCAAAGUCCGAACCAAGGAUGUCCGUCCAAAGGUUACGCCAGCGAGAAUAAGUGGAGGCGGUGGGAGUCGCUCAGAGCUGGUCAUCACAUGGGAGCCUGUUCCUGAGGAGCUUCAGGGAGGUCCAGGUUUCGGCUAUGUGGUGGCUUUUCGCCCUCACAGAGCACAGGCCUGGAUGCUGGCUGCUGUCACUGCUCCAGAUGCAUCUCGAUACGUCUACAAGAAUGAAAGUGUCCCUCCAUUCACACCUUUCCAUGUGAAAGUUGGAGUGUACAAUAACAAAGGAGAGGGGCCUUUUGGGGCCAUUACCACCAUCUACUCUGCAGAGGAAGAGCCAAUUCGUGCCCCGAGCAGGGUCCGUGCUAAGAGUCUGUCUGCAUCAGAGGCAGAGGUCAGCUGGAAAUCCCUGCCCUGGAUCACCAGCAGGAGACGCAUCAUGGGCUAUGAGCUGAGGUACUGGGGAGAGAAGAAAAACAAGGAGACUGCCAGCGUUUUAAGGACAGUAGGGAACAAAACGUCUGCAGUCAUUCGAGGACUAGAGGCCAGCAGCACUUAUUUCAUCACGCUGCGGGCAUAUAAUAGCGCAGGCGUGGGGCCCGACAGCACCACUGUCAACAUCACCACAAAGAGACCCCCACCAAGCCAGCCUCCAAUGAAAGUAAUGUGGAACACAUCCAACUCUAAAAUCAUCCUGAAAUGGGACCAGGUGAAAGCCCUGGACAAUGAAUCAGAAGUGAUGGGGUACAAGGUGAUGUACAAGCAAAGCAGACAGAGUCAUCCAAGCGUGCUGGUUACUAACAGCACAUUUCUAGAACUCUCUUUGCCUUUGGACGAAGAUUAUCUAAUCCAGAUUAAACCAAUCAGUGAGGGAGGAGAAGGCAGCAGCAGUCAACAAAUAAUGAUCCCCAGAAUCAGAGAGUCACGCAAUGCUAAUACGCUUGACUACAGAAAAAGACAUCUGUUUGAAAACCCUCAGGACCAGAAGAGCCUUAAAAUAAUUCUUCUUUAA